UGCACUUUUCCGGCAGCUACACGGCAACACUCGAAAAUUAGUAAGCACGUUGCAUACUUAUCACGAUAUUUCUGACUGUUUUUUUAUAUUUUUUUAAAAUAAGUAAAAAUAAAUAAAAACUUUCUUUUGUAAUUAUUUGUUAAAUAUUAAAUAAUUAUUUUCAUGUAUCAUAAUUGUUUUAACAAAAUUACCUUGCUCGUUCAACGUGAGUAAGGUUUCUAUAUUUGAGGAAUACACAUUAUAGGAUUAAAUAGCUAUGCUUCUUUUUUGUUCCUCAUGCGGUAAUGUACUUUAUGUUGAAGAGUAUACAGGAUUGAGAUUUUCAUGUAGAACAUGUCCUUAUGUUUUCAACAUAUCUCGUAAAGUUAGUUAUCGCACUUAUCCAAAAUUGAAACAAGUGGACGACGUGUUAGGAGGAAGUGCUGCAUGGGAAAACGUUGACUCUACGGAUGAACGUUGUCCAAAGUGUUCAAAUCCACGUGCAUAUUUUAUGCAAAUCCAAACGAGAUCAGCUGAUGAGCCUAUGACAACCUUCUAUCGGUGUUGUAAUCCAAAAUGUUGUCACAAUUGGCGCGAGUAAAGUUAUAUUUGAACACGAGUCAAAAGAGAACAAUUAUGAAUCCAAAAAAGAUGGGUCCUAUGAAAAUAUUUUUAAAUGCAGCUGUGGAACAAUUAGACAUGUUGGAUUCAGAAGAGAAACAUUGGUACGUUGGAGGUAGUAGAAGCGUUGCAACAGCUGUAGAAUUAUUAAAAAGAGGAGAAAUUAUUGCUAUUCCAACUGAUACAAUUUAUGGAUUUGCUGGUAUCGUAAGCAAUGACACAGCUAUAAAGAAAUUAUAUGAAAUUAAAAAAAGAGAUGAACGUAAACCAUUGGCCAUUUGCGUUGAUAAUGUUAAUGAAAUUCACAAAUGGGGAAUCGUAAAUGAAUUACCAUCCAGAUUAAUAGAGAAUUUAUUGCCAGGACCAUAUACUAUUGUAUUAAAACGAACAGAAGCAUUGAAUCCAUCUUUAAAUCCUGGAAUCAAUAACGUUGGCAUUAGAGUACCUGAUUAUAAAUUUGUUAGAUCUGUUGCUAAAAUAGUUGGACCAUUGGCGCUUACCAGUGCUAAUGAAAGCAAUAAAUUAAGUAGCGUGCAUCCAGAAGAAUUUACCGAAUUAUGGCCAAAAUUAGGAGGAAUAUUUUACCACCAAGCGGAUGUUAUGAAAAAACUUAAUCCAUCAAAAAGAAGAGGCUCUACGGUAGUAGAUUUAUCGCAAGCUCGUCAUUACAAAAUAUUGCGUAAAGGUGUCAAUGCAACACAUUGUGUUAAUUUGUUACAUUAUUAUGGAUUACUACCUUGUACAGAUUAAUAAUAAACUGGGUUAAAUUUCAAAA